AUGGCCCACCAACGAGAGCCCAGAAUGGCAAAGAUAAACAAGAAACAGAAGCAGCGGAUUCAGGCGCAAGAAGAAGAGCUAAGCCUUGAGACAGAGCAAGAGUCAAAAGCGCCGGGAACACCGCAGUACGACACAGCAAGCGACUCAGAAUCAUCAGAAACGGUUAGGUAUGCACCUACAAGCGUUCUAAAGCUUGAUAGCUUUGCAUCACCAGCUACCACCAAGCUUCGAAGGAAGAUGUGGCUAUCUUUGACUGCUCAUGUCGAGCUUAGCAAGUUACUAGAGGCUGCAAAGAGUUCGAGCGAUCAUCAUUUCGAUACAUGGUCAAAUCCGAAGACUUUGAGAAGAGACCCAGAAAUAACACAAGACGAAUGGGAGAAAGUAAUCGAGCAACAGUACCAAACCUGGCAUAACGAUAUCACCACAAAGCGCAGUGCGGAAAUCGACGCGCACCAUUGUACCAUCCGCCAGUGGCAAAUAACCGAGGAGCACGGUAGUAUGCAAAAGUCGGAAACGCUGCGUUUCAUAAUGCAUGCCGAGACAACUACAGCCCGCCUCCGCAAGCUGCUCGUCAUACUGCGAGACUUCAAGAAUCAGAUGAAAGGAGAGUACGUCGAUGCUCACCAACAGACCGACGUCACCGAUGUUUCAUACAUUGGCUCCAUAACCCAGCGCUUAGUUGAGCCCUACCAAUCACCCCAAGUCCACAAAGCAUGGUACAAAGGUCCCGACGGCCGCGAUCUCGAUGCGUCGGAGAGGUUUAAGAAAGAUGCCAUCGACUGCUAUAGUAGAUUUGCUGAUGAUUCAAUUUUGUGGUGCCCUGUCGCACGAGGAUACUCGGGUGAGGACGAGCUCCAGGCCGUCCAUCUAGUGCACUACAACACCGGAGAACGCGCCUGCGAAUACCUUUUCGGCAAGGUAGCCAACCACCAGGGCCACUUGAUGGACCCGUCGAAUAGCCUCGUGCUAUCCGAAACAUUCAAAGACGCCCUCGACAGGGGUCAAAUGAUCAUCGUUCCUGCUUGUCUCGGUGACAUCGACCCCGAAUCCGGCAAGAUAGUAGAUGAAUCCGACACAGAGCCGUACAAGAUACGACUGCUGGAUUUAUCUUGGAGGAAGAGUCCAUCGGGUGAAGACAGCAACCGCUGUCAAGCGCGCAAUUACCCGAUCGAUGGACGCAUCUUGAAGUUCAAAACCGAUACCCGGCCAAAGAAGAUGUACCUGUGGUAUCGUGCGCUCACAGCCAUCGCAAUGCGACAGCGGUGCAAAACACCGGGCUGGGAACACGAUGUCGAAGCUCUAGGCCACGGUACAUGGACUUCACCCGGUGAAUCACUCCGGCGAUCCACCAUGACUGCGAUUAUGAAGCACGUUGGCUUCAUCGAUGACCCUGAGCCCAUCUUAAUGCUUGGACCUGCAUUAGAGGGAGACGCCACAGAAACUCCGUACGACAAGAUGAUCGCCGAUCGCGUGGCCAUGAUACUCGAUACAACGCAUACAAACUGGCUUAAAUCCCGUCGCAGCGCUUUUGCGCGCAUGCACGCAGGCAAGAAGGUGGAGAUUGAUUGGGAGGACGAGGAUCAACAUGAAAAAUUCGCGUCGUGGGAGAGAUGUGUUGAUUAUUAUCGCCGACAUUGA